AAUUGAAAAGAACACACAAACUUCUUUGUAACUACUCACCAAACAUACAGCACAGCAAGAAGUUGGAUUCAAGCGUAAGAAAGAAAACCCCCACCACAGUUCUUGUCGGCACCCACUUCACCUCACUGCAUUUUAGACUGAAGAGUAAGAAGGUAAAUUGAAUCUCAAAUGCAAGAGUGAAGAUGGAAAAUUCAACUCAAAUGUUAGUCCAAGACCGUGAAAAACCCAAAAGGAAUCAACCCAGAAGCAGACCAAUUUUAGCUUCGAAUCGAUUUUCUGAGACCAAGAAUACCAAGAAUCUUGAUUUUUCCACUUGGGUUUCGGAAAAUCUGUACAAAAUACUAACAAUCUUUCUACUUAUCACCACCGUGGCGGCCCUUUUCUUCCUCCGCAAUUAUGGGGUUGCCGGCGGCGAUACGGCCGCUCUUCUCUGCCUCCAGUCUACUCAGUCUCAGUCAAUUCACCCCAAGUUCCCAGUUAUCAAUUGGAAUUCAAUUCCGCGCAUUAUUGAUAAAAUUACUCCUUAUGCGAAUUUCCGAUCCGAGAAAUGGAUCGUUGUAUCUGUCUCAGAUCAACCCUCUGAAUCGCUUCGAAAAUUGAAUAGUAUUAAAGGUUGGCAAGUGCUUGCGGUGGGAAAUUCCAAAACCCCAAAAGACUGGAGUCUUAAAGGUGCUAUUUAUUUAUCUUUAGAAACUCAGGCUCAAUUGGGAUUUAGAGUGGUUGAUUACUUGCCAUACGAUUCAUAUUUGCGAAAAAGUGUUGGAUAUUUAUUUGCCAUACAGCACGGUGCAAAAAAAAUUUAUGACGUUGAUGAUCGAGGAGAUGUGAUUGAUAAUGAUAUCGGGAAGCGUUUUGAUGUUGAAUUGAUUGGUGAAGGUGCUAGGCAAGAAGUUAUUUUGCAGUAUAGUCAUGAGAAUCCUAACAAGACUGUGGUGAACCCUUAUAUACAUUUUGGACAGCGGUCUGUGUGGCCACGCGGGCUGCCCUUAGAAAAUGUAGGCGAGAUUGGGCAUGAGGAGUUUUACACGGAGGUUUUCGGUGGGAAACAGUUCAUACAACAAGGGAUAUCAAAUGGGCUACCGGAUGUGGAUUCAGUUUUUUACUUUACUCGGAAGCCAGUUUUGGAAGCAUUUGAUAUUAGAUUCGAUGAGCAUGCCCCAAAAGUGGCAUUGCCACAGGGUACAAUGGUGCCUGUUAAUUCAUUCAAUACUAUUUUUCAUUCAUCUGCUUUUUGGGGUUUGAUGCUUCCGGUUUCAGUUAGUUCAAUGUCUUCUGAUGUGUUGAGAGGGUAUUGGGCACAAAGGCUUCUGUGGGAAAUUGGUGGGUAUGUUGUGGUGUAUCCUCCUACCGUUCAUCGUUAUGAUAGGAUUGAAGCAUAUCCUUUCUCAGAAGAGAAAGAUCUUCAUGUGAAUGUAGGCCGGUUAAUCAAAUUCUUGGUGGGAUGGAGAUCAGAUAAGCACAGGUUAUUUGAGAAAAUUCUUGAACUAAGUUAUGUGAUGGCUGAAGAAGGGUUUUGGACGGAAAAAGAUGUGCAGUUUACUGCCGCUUGGCUUCAAGAUUUGCUUGCUGUUGGUUACCAGCAGCCUCGGCUGAUGUCUCUCGAGUUGGAUAGGCCAAGAGCAAGUAUUGGUCAUGGAGAUAGGAAGGAGUUUAUCCCCCAGAAACUACCGUCUGUACAUCUUGGAGUAGAGGAAAUUGGCACGGUGAAUUCUGAAAUUGCAAAUUUGAUACACUGGAGGAAGAGUUUCGGGAAUGUUGUGCUUAUAAUGUUCUGCAGUGGACCCGUCGAACGAACUGCUCUGGAGUGGAGAUUGCUAUAUGGUAGGAUAUUUAAAACAGUUAUCAUACUCUCUGGUCAGAAAAAUGUAGAUCUUGCUGUGGAAGAAGGCCAGUUGGACCAUGCUUACAAGUAUCUGCCGAAAUUAUUUGAUAGAUAUACCAGUGCAGAAGGAUUUUUAUUUCUUCAUGAUGAUACUAUUCUUAAUUACUGGAACUUGUUGCAAGCAGAUAAGAGUAAGCUCUGGAUUACAAACAAGGUAAAAUAGCAUGUUCAUCCAUAAGUGUGUCGUGACUGCUCAUGAAUAUAAAAGCUGCUUGUGGAUAUAUAGAACAUGUUUGGCUAACUUAAAAUGUUCAAAUUAUAGUAAAUAAAUGAGUUUUAAAAUAAUCGGCGAGUUG